AUGUCUUGCCAUUCUAUGAGCGCUGAGAUUAUAUACAGCGCUGGACCCGCAUCCGUUUUGCACGUGACAGCGCCUGUCAGCCCACGCUCCGACCUCGGAGUAGUCACCGCAGAGAACCGAUAUACACGCUAUGUCGAGCUUUGGCAACUACUUUCGCGUGACGACCGCGGGGGAGUCCCACGGCAAGUGUGUCUCCUGCAUCAUCGAGAACUGCCCGACUCCCUCAGCAGCGACCCCAAGUUCCUCAAUCUGGUCGACACCCUCACCCGCGACAAGGUUGACGAGUUCCUGCCGGUGCGGUGCCCUGAUGCUGCUAUUAUGAAGCGUAUAGAGGACAUGAUUACCGAGCUCCGCGACCAGCACGACUCUAUCGGCGGCACAGUCACCUAUAUUAUCCGUGGGUACCCGUCCGGCCUCGGCGAGCCGUGCUUUAACAAGCCCAAGGCUCUCCUAGCGCACGCCUAUCCCCCCGCUACCAUCUCCCAGGACCAAACUACCGCGCGCUAUGAUGCUUCUGGCGAGGGCGUCCUGGCCGCUAAGGGCCGUCACGACCCUAAUGUUGUCCCUCGCGUAGUACCUAUCGUUGAGGCUAUGGCCGCUCUGACGAUCGCGGAUGCCCUCAUGGCUCAGCAUGCGAGGCAGAUGGGUAUGAAGAUUGCCGCAGCUAGAAGGUAG